AUGUCGGCUUGGCUGAAGCGGGUGGAUCUGCUGCACAGGGAAGCGAAAGGCCUAGGAGGGGUAUCUGCCUGGCAAGAAACCCAGCAAUAUCUUCUAUUGUUUGGAUCUGCUCAGAGGCCGGGCAAGUAUUACGCUUCGGGAAUGCUGGAUCGAUGGGCUCAAGUAUUUUCGUUGUUCUCGGGUCCAAACAGGAUUCUCAAGGUCAAGAGCUCGACGGUGCUGAUCGGCAGGCGCAGCAUCUGCAGCCACCAGACAACCAAUCCGCGAACCAAGGCAGAGAACAAGGACAGGGUAGACGUAAAGAAGCCGGUCACACGGACGGAGCAGCAGGGCGGGCAAGGUGGCGUGGUAAAUCAGCGAAUCGAGGAGGCCACAAAGGCCAUCGAGGGAAAAGGACAGAGGGCAAAUUCGGGAAAUAGUGGAACGAGCGAACUGUGUUGA